AUGCACCAUCUUGAAGGUCCCUGGGCGGCGGCAGAUAGCACCAGGCGUCCGCCGUACAAUUCAGAUGCAUCGGACCUCUCAAGAGAUGAUCGGCGACCGCUCAUUCAUGUGCAGUCCACCGACUCGGCAGAGACCCGCAUCGAGCCAUUAGAGUCUGGGCAAACCCAACGACCCAAGAGCUCAGUGACCGCCGAGCCCGGCGCCGCCCAUGUCACCGGCGCUCCGCACGGAUCUUACAACAAGCUGUCUAACACAGACUGGGACUCGGCCGAUUCGCCUCGUCACGGUGGAUGGGACUACACACCAGGGAGAACAGACACAAAGUCCCAUCUAUCCCACAGAGAAUCCGGUCUCACUCCUUCUGCACCCAAGCAGCCAUGGAGCACAUCCCUCAAGGGCUGGCUACCAGAGCUCAUAUGGUCCAUCAUAAGCAUCGCCUCCGUCGCCGCUCUUGCCGGAGUGUUAUCCCGCUUCGAUGGCCAACGGCUGCCCGAGUGGCCGCUGGGUUUGACGCUCAACACGCUCAUCGCCUUUCUCGCGACGCUGGCGCGAGCUGCGUUUGUUAUCCCAGUGUCUGAGAGCUUGUCGCAGUUGAAGUGGCUCUGGUAUCGCAAGGAGAGGCCGUUGAAGGAUUUUCAGGAUUUCGACUCGGCUAGCAGAGGACCUUGGGGGAGUAUUCAACUGUUGAAGACGACUAAGGGUUGGUCCCCGAGUCUCAUUGCUACGAUUGUCAUGAUCACGGCAAUCUUCACGUCGACAUUGACGCAAUCCGCCGUCACAUACCCCGCCCGCCUCGCGCGCGUAGACGGUGAUGCGACAGUGCCCCGAUCAACAUCGUACUUCUUUAGUACAUCCAAUACCUUCUCCAGCCUUCAGCAAGAAAACUACGUUCAACAAUCCAUCUUCGAAGGCCUAAGCUACGAUCAUACCCAAGAAUUCCCCCUCAGCCCAGCCCGCUGUCCCACAAGCGAGUGCCAAUGGGAGACUUACAGCUCGCUGAGCAUCUGCGCCAAAUUCUGGAACGUGACGAAUUCGUUGAAUGUCACAACUAGAGAGACGUCUACUGGGUCACCGCGGGUGAAAGCUUCGCUUCCCAACGGGAUAUCUGCGGAUUUGAGCGGUAAUUACUUCGGUCUCAUCAAUCUACGGGGCAUGAGUAAGCCGAUUGCGUCAGACGUGACACCCGAGGCAGCGCUUUUCAACUUCACGGUGAUCUAUUCCUUACGAGAAGGGAAUGACGCCGCAGUCGGAGCCAUGGAGGCUGUGCUGUACCUCUGCGCGAAGACGUACAACCUCUCCUUCACAGGCAACAUUGAAUCGCGCAAAGUCGUCGAGAUCACCUCAGACGUCGAACAGGGCUCCAUCACGUUCCCCUCCGGCCAGGUACGAGACGACCUACCCGCGAUACGAGACCCCCUCAACCCCGAUGGCGAAAACUUCCCCUACGGCGGUACCGGGUUCGGCGCGAUGCAGGACAGUCUGAGGAAUGCGCUCAACGGGUCGUAUUCGGAUCUCAGUAACGUGCCGAGUGCACUCGGUCUUGCGCCGGCUCGGUACCUGGCUGCGAUACAGUACGGCGCCAAGACGUUGGAGGCGCAGGGGCGGGCGAAUGUGUCGCAGGAGGUUGUGAUUAAUGAGGCUGUUGCGAAUAUUACGAAUAAUGUUGCCAGGAGCUUGUCGAAUCGCAUAACAAAUGAUACCACAAUAGCAAGUGGGCAAGCACUCGCAUCGGAAACAUUCGUACAAGUUCGCUGGCCUUGGCUUGCGUUCAUAUCCUGUCAGGCCGCGCUUUCCAUGAUGCUCCUGGCUCUCGCCAUCGUUCAGACCAAAGCAGCGGGUAUCGGGGUGGUGAAGAGCUCUACGCUACAGGCCAUGGUCGCUAUCAACUCCAAGGAUAAGCAGGCUCUUGAGAUUGGGCUUGCGCAGGGGCACCAUCAGGAAGAAGUUGAUGAUGUCGUUAAGAGAGGGCCUGGGAUAGCUUGGAGCUUGGGCCUCCUGGCCCUCGGCAGAUCCCACCCCGACAUCAAAUUACUAUGCCUCCAGCGCUUCGUGCGCAUGUUCGCCUACGGCGCGACGACCUUGCAGCUAGUAGCGUACUUUGAACUCCUCGGCCUCUCGGCGACGCGAAUUGGUCUGUUCAUGGCGUUUACGCUCGUCGGCGACGUCUGCAUCAGUUUAGUUCUCACUUCCAUCGCCGAUGGCGUCGGGCGGAAGGCGGUGCUAGCUGCAGGCGCGGCUUUGAUGGCUGUUAGCGGUGUUGUUUUUGCGAUGUGUAGCGGGUUUUGGGUGUUGUUGGCUGCUGCUGUGGUGGGGGUUAUCAGUCCAAGUGGCGCUGAAAUUGGACCUUUCCGGGCUGUGGAAGAGAGUAUCGUCGCGCAUCUUACUACCGCUGAGGAUAGGAGCGAUGUCUAUGCCUGGUAUAGCCUCAUGGGUGCGGCCGGAACUGCCUUUGGGGCGAUGACGAGCGGCUGGACGGCGCAUUACUUGACGACGAGUGCCGGCUGGGGACUUGAGCAUGCGUACCGUGUAGUCUUUUACGGAUAUGCGGUGCUCGGAGUGUUUAAGUUCUUCCUCGCCUUGCUCCUGAGCCGUGAUAUGGAGGCAGAGCGGGAGGAAGCUGGGGCGUCUGCGGAAGAGACUGCUCCGAUUCUGGGCGAACGAUCGGCUGAGAGGGAAUUUGACGUCAAGACUUGGCGGUCGAAGAUUGUUCCGGGGAUUGAGAGGGAGAGUAUGCCUGUUGUCGCUACCUUGUGCUUCUUCUUUGCGCUUGAUUCUUUUGCCUCGAGCUUGACUACCCAGUCCUGGAUCGCCUUCUUCUUCCGGUGGAAGUUCAAAGUGGACGAUGGAACUUUGGGCUCUUUAUUCUUCACCACGAGCCUGCUGGCAGCGGCCACAACUCUAGUCGCAUCCUCGAUAGCCAAGCGAAUCGGCAACCUCAACGCCAUGGUCUUCACCCACCUCCCCUCGACAAUCUUCACCGCACUCAUCCCUCUUCCGCGAGACGCCACCACGGCGAUCGUGUUUCUGAUCUUCCGCGCCCUGACGCAUUCCAUGGACGUCGCGCCGAGAGCCGCUUUCCUUGCUGGCGUGAUUUUGCCCAAGGAGCGGACUACUGUGUUGGGCUUGAUCAAUGUUUUGAAGACGUGCACGUCGAGUGUUGGUCCCGUGGGUGUGGGUAUCUUGGUGGAUAAGAAUCUCUUCUGGGUUGCUUUUGUGGGUGCUGGAUGUCUCAAGGUUGUGUACGAUCUUGGGAUGUUGGUUUCUUUCCGCAAGCAUGAGCGAGAGCUACGGGAUGGAGCGGCUGGGAGUGCUUAA